UCCCGGCGCUCCCGCCCCUCCCGCGGCUCCCGCUCGGCGGCGGCAGGUGAGGAUGAGGCUGAGGCUGAGGCUGAGGCUGGGCGCGCGCCCCCGCGUCGGCGGCGCUGGCGGCCGCCGGGGCUGAGGUCGCUGCCAUGGCUGUGCCCGGCGCCGGGGCGGCGGCCGCCGGUGGGGGUCCGUGCCCGCUGUGGACGGCGCUGUACGACUACGAGGCGAGCGGCGAGGACGAGCUGAGCCUGCGGCGGGGGGACGUGGUGGAGGUGCUGUCGCAGGACGCGGCCGUGUCCGGCGACGACGGCUGGUGGGCGGGGAAGAUCCGCCACCGCCUCGGCAUCUUCCCCGCCAACUACGUGACCCGCCAGCCCCGCGGCGGGGCGGCGGGGGGCGGCGGCGGCGGCGGCGGGCGGGGGGACCCCGCGGGCAGCCUGACGGAGAUCGACUUCCAGCACCUGGAGCUGCAGGAGAUCAUCGGCGUGGGGGGCUUCGGGAAGGUGUACCGGGCUACCUGGCGGGGCCGCGAGGUGGCCGUGAAGGCGGCGCGGCAGGACCCCGACGAGGACAUCACGGCCACGGCGGAGAGCGUGCGGCAGGAGGCCAAGCUCUUCUCCAUGCUGAGGCACCCCAACAUCAUCGCCCUGCACGGGGUCUGCCUGCGGGAGCCCAACCUCUGCCUCGUCAUGGAGUUCGCCCGCGGCGGCUCCCUCAACAGGGCCCUGGCCGCCGCCGCCGCCGCCCCCGGGGCCGGGGCCGCCCGCGGGGGCCGCCGCAUCCCCCCGCACAUCCUGGUGAACUGGGCGGUGCAGAUCGCCCGCGGCAUGCUCUACCUGCACGACCAGGCCAUCGUCCCCAUCCUGCACCGGGACCUCAAGUCGAGCAACAUUUUGUUGCUAGAGAAGAUGGAACAUGAUGACAUUUGUAAUAAAACUCUGAAGAUUACAGACUUUGGUCUGGCUAGAGAGUGGCACAGAACAACCAAAAUGAGUGCAGCAGGAACUUAUGCAUGGAUGGCUCCAGAAGUUAUCAAGUCCUCCAUGUUUUCUAAAGGAAGUGAUAUUUGGAGUUAUGGAGUGUUGCUGUGGGAACUGCUUACAGGAGAAGUUCCUUACCGUGGCAUUGAUGGGCUUGCUGUGGCCUACGGAGUUGCUGUCAAUAAGCUUACUUUGCCCAUUCCAUCCACCUGUCCUGAACCAUUUGCAAAAUUAAUGAAAGAGUGCUGGGAGCAGGACCCUCAUAUCCGACCAUCGUUUGCCUUAAUUCUUGAACAGCUUACUGCCAUUGAAGGGGCAGUUAUGACUGAAAUGCCUCAAGAAUCUUUCCAUUCCAUGCAAGAUGACUGGAAAUUGGAAAUUCAGCAGAUAUUCAAUGAAUUGAGGACCAAGGAAAAAGAGCUUCGAUCACGAGAAGAGGAGUUGACAAGAGCAGCUCUUCAGCAGAAAUCUCAAGAAGAAUUACUUAAGCGCCGUGAGCAACAGUUAGCAGAACGUGAGAUCGACGUACUGGAGCGUGAGCUGAAUAUCAUGAUAUUCCAGUUAAAUCAAGAGAAACCCAAUGUAAAGAAGAGGAAGGGCAAAUUUAAAAGGAGCCGGCUAAAACUUAAAGAUGGACACAGGAUUAGUUUGCCUUCAGAUUUCCAGCACAAAAUAACAGUGCAGGCAUCCCCCAAUCUGGAUAAGAGAAGGAGUUUAAACAGUAACAGCUCUAGUCCAUCAAGUAGCCCCACAAUAAUUCCUCGUCUUCGAGCUAUACAAUUGAUUCCCAAAACAGAUACACACACAACUAAUGGCCGAAGAAACAGUGUAUAUGUGUACCAGCAAGAUGUAGAUAUCACAAGUGAAUAUGAACUUCCCAGUGGGGUUAUGAAAAAAGUAACUUCAGAUGAAAGCAACAGAACUUGGGGAAGGAGCACAACUUAUCACCAAGAAGAGUUUGAAGAUGUGAAAAGAAGUUUUAAAAAGAGAGGUUGUACAUGGGGACCAAGUUCAGUUCAAACAAAGGAUCGUGCAGAUUGUAAGGACAAAAUAAGACCCCUUUCAGAUGGCAGCAACCCUUGGUCAACUGUUUUAAUGAAAAAUCAGAAGGGUGUUCCCUUAGCUUCACUAUUUGUGGACCAAGGUGUCUGUACUGAUAAGAAACUUCUCCCUGAAGGUUUGGACAGUAAAAGACCAAAGCCGAUUAAGUUGCCGAAUCAGGCCUAUAUUAAUCUACCUCUUUGGAAAGAUGAUCAGGGAGAGAAUGCAGUAGAACAUGAGAGCUUUGAAGAAGGAACCUCUGCUAGUUCUACAAAUAGUACUCCUCAAAUGACACCUACAAACAGUUUGAGCAGGACACUGCAGAAAAAGAAGACUGAUUCAGUGCUGUAUGGGUGUGCUGUCCUCCUUGCAUCUGUUGCCCUGGGCUUAGAUAUCAGAGAGCUGAACAAAUCGCAGGGUCCAGAUGAACUCUUGCCUAAAGAUGAGAAGAAGAAGCGUGAUGGAAUAUUUCAGCGUGCUUCGAAAUUUCGCAGGAGUGCCAGCCCUACACGACUGCAGUCUAAGAAAGAGGAAACAAGUAUUCCAUCCCUAAAUCCAGCUGCAAAUACUGUGAAUCUUCUCUCUAUGCCCUCCAUUUCCACAAAAUGCCUACUUCAAUCUGACAGUGAAGAUGCAUUUGUAAGCCCUGUGCUUGGUGAUUGUGGUCCCUGUAGUUCCACUGAUGACUUUUCAUCUGAAACUUCCGAAAGUAAGAGAGAAGAGAGGAUACAGCUGACUCCUAACACAGUUUCUACACGAUUAAAAAAUCAGCCUUUUAAUCUUUGUCUGAAACAAGAAUCUCAAAAUGUGCCAAAUGAUUCCUCGACAAAGUUAAGUGUGUUGGGUCACAAACGAACCUUAUCAGAUGGGAACAAUUUUCAGACCACAGCUAAUGGAUUUGCUUCUACCAAUGAUGUCUCCACGUUACCAGUUCUAUCAGCUACUGGAACUCUGCACUCUCCAUCUGUUCAACAAAGAAGCAGUCACAGUGGUGUUUCAACUGAAAAGCAAAGCGCUGUCAAUAUUAUAUCAAGGCCUCGACCUUCUUCUCUAAGAAGUAAAAUUGAUGCGUGGCAGAUUAUUCCACGUAUUAUUAAACCAAACUCUAAAGACCCUCAAUACUUAGAGGGCAAUGUAGAUCCAGAUGUUAACUUCUUGCCAGAUACCGAGGAAAGAACUAAUUGCCACAUGCCCUCAUUACUUGAUAUUGAUGUGGAAGGUCAAAACAGAGACUGUACUGUGCCUUUAUGUAGAAUGAAGAGCAAAACUUGUCGGCCAUCUAUAUAUGAACUGGAGAGAGAGUUUCUGUCGUGAGUGCCUUUCAUUUUUAAAAUGUUUGCUUUUUAAAGGGGAACAAAUACAAAAUUCUUGUCCAUCUAAUGCUUUGUGCUGCUGUUUUCUGAUGUACUGUGACAAAUAGUACCAAAAUUAUUAAAAUGGGCAGCUAAUUAAGAAGUGUAGUAAGUGCCUUUUUCAAAUGUUCCUUGGAAUCCCAGCUAGUAAUUCUAAAAGCACAAUGCUGCAAAAUAGUAUUCUAGGUGAACCUUAUAUUUUCAAUGACUAAAAUAACACGCCCACCUCCCUCUGCAGUAUCACAGAAGGUUUUUUUAGGUUUGAGGGGUUUUGCUAGAAAUUUCACUUUUGCACAUUGAAAAAAUGAAUUACAUACAGUAAGGUUGUAUUCUAUCAAGAGGAGUUUCGCCUAAGAAGUGGUUGUCUGGAGCUUGCCUCUGUGGCCUGUAGAAAUAGGGAGUGGGGCUGGGGAUUUAAGGUGCUGGUGCAGGAGGCUCUGUUCACUCCUCAUUACGUAGCUGGUUACUUUUUGGUGUUUGAAUCUGAAACUGGUUAAGGACCAGCAGCUGAAUUUGCAGUCUUUGCCCUUGGUUUUUGUGAGGACUUUCAACUGUGUGCAUUAGUUUCUCCAGAAAGUUACACUGCUUGUAUAAACACUUAGGUUUCAGCCAUGAUAUCGAUUUGAGAGGGUAAACUUCAGUAUUGCGAUUGGAUUAAAAGUAUUUGACAUACUUUAUAAUGUGAAACAACAUUCCUUGUAGGUAAGGAUACACUGGAACGUAAAUAUUUGUACUCUUAACCUUUUGAAGACUACAGUGAUUGCACUGAAAACAAUAUUCUUGGUUUGGGAUUUUUUUGUUUGUGGUGGAGGGGGUUGCCCCCCUUCUUUUUUUAAACUCUGCUGCACCUUGUACUGAGGAAAGAUGAUGGGUUUUAAGGACGAUUGGUUUGGGGUUUAAGUGAGCCAAUGGUGCGUUUUACUGCACUCAAAUUUUAAAACUGCGAUAAUUUAAUAUUAAAUCUUUCAGUAUAAUCUGUGCAGCUUUUCUUCCUAAAGUUAUUACUGAGUGCCCAGUUAUUCAAAUUUAGGAAUUAAAGGACAGAAACAGAUAUGCUUGACUGGUUUUCAGUGAUAGAAAGGUUCCAGAAAAUUCCAAGUAGUUAAUUGUGGAGGGAGGAACAUUUAACCUUGAUAACACUGAUAGUUUAAUUUUUCACAGUAUCACUAAGUGAUUAAAUAAAACCAAAUGUACAGUACACUUUCCUUGAUGAAAGCUUUUCUAGAAUUAAAGGAACAUCCCUCAUAUUCCAGUAUUUGAAGUCUUAAUUUUGCAUAUAAUUUGACAUUUAAAUAGUCUUCAUAAAUAAAAUUCGAUAACAUUAGAAUAAAACUACUAUGUUCCCAUCAGAACACUGUUUUGUUAAGACCUUUGUUUUAAAUGUUUUCUUCUCCUUUGCUCUGGGUCUUGGAGUUCAGUUGUUAAAUAGAAAACACAAUUGCUUAGAGCUUCAAAACCAAGGGAUUGAAAAAGAAAGUUUCUAUUCUAAGACUGGUAUGCAGUACAGUGGCCACCUUGGGGAUGAUGGAUAAUUAUACAUACAAAAUAAUAUAGUCUUAAUCACACAGAGCAGAACACCGAAAAUGCAACUUCCCAGUUCUCAAAGUGAAAAUAGAAUAGGACUUCCUUAAGGUAUUAGUUUACCAAAAGUAAAGGCAUAACCACUAGUUGUCUGUAAAACUAAAGGCUUGCAUAGCAGAUUAUUAAGUUAUUACAUUUUGUUCAAACCUGUUUCUAUUUCAGUGUUCUUAGUUCUCUGUCAACAUGAUUCAAGUUGCAUGCUGUUCUUUGUCUUUUAUUUCAUCAGAACACUUUAAUAGAUGAAGUCUAUUCCAGUCUUAAUACAAAAUGUUUUCAUAAAAUGAUGUCAGUUAGAUAAUGCACAUGGAUCAAAUUUUAAGUAUAGCUUGAUAGCAGAUUUAUCUUCAAGGCUUAAUUAGAAUUUUGGAGCAUUAAAUAUAUUUCAACUCUUGAUCAAUUAUUCCUGUGUAAUACUGAGAGAAAAAGAGUUGAUUGUAUUACAUGUUUCUGAAGAAAGUAUCUCUGUUUGGCUUUCUACAGGAAAAUCUCAGGUGCUGAAGUAUUUUGACUUGUAAACUUCUGUUAAGUUCUGUUCUGUACUUUUAAGGUUUAUAUAAUUUUAAAUGUUUAAUUUUGCACCCUAUGUUUUGUAAUCAAUAGUAUCAGCAUAAAAAGCCCUUUAUGAGCUAUAUUGUUUUCACUUAUCAGUGGCUUAUCUCUCUUGUAAUUAAACAAAGAUUUCUAUUCCUGUUCAGUGGAUAAUUUCCCAUAAGAGUGGGACAUAUGAUAUGACCAGCCCAGUGCGUUGUAACUAAUUUGGGAGUUUGUAUUCCACCUCUUAUUCUGAAACAGUUUAGGUAAGCCAUCUCAAAUAUUUCUCUUAUGUGAUGCAGGUUUUUUUUAAGGUAUAGUCUAUACUGCUUUAUCAUUGUUUUUAUAGUUUAAAAUUAUAGGCCAGUCUUCACUGAAAUUAAAAAAAGAAAAAGAAAAAAUUGCUGUAAUCAUGGUUUCACAGCCUGUAUUUCACUUGUCCCCAGAGAAACUUUCUAUAAAGGUAUGGUAAUCUGGUAUGCAUUAAGUGAUCUGUCUUGGUUAAAAGUAUAUUUAUUUCAACAUAGGUUAAUAGCCUGACCAAAUAAUAAUUUAUGUUGAUUGUUUUAGCAUAAAACUGAAGGUGCUUACACUACAAAGAUUAAGAUAAACACUUGACAUGCUGUUUUACAAAACCUGAUGAUUUAAAUGUUUUUAUUUAAAAAAAAUAAAUGUUUUGUAGCUACUGUA